GGCUGAGAGGGGAGGGGUUGGCGGCGGCGGCCCAGGCGGCGUCGAUAUUUCCGCGAUCUGGACGGUACGUGGCGGCGCGGUUGGCCACGGGAGAAGUAGGUAGGGACCGCCGUGCGGAGCCAUUGAGACUUCUUCCCUCCCGUGUCAGAGAGCCGCAACCCCCCGCGCGGGUGGCGGACCCUGGGGACGCCAGGUCACCCUGCGGCCCCUGCCCACCCGCCGCGCUUCAGGAAUAAUGGUUAUGAAAGCUUCUGUAGACGAUGAUGAUUCAGGAUGGGAGCUCAGUAUACCAGAAAAGAUGGAAAAAAGCAAUACAAACUGGGUGGACAUAACCCAAGAUUUUGAAGAAGCUUGUCGAGAAUUAAAGUUGGGAGAACUGCUUCAUGAUAAGCUAUUUGGUCUUUUUGAAGCUAUGUCAGCCAUUGAAAUGAUGGAUCCCAAGAUGGAUGCUGGCAUGAUUGGAAACCAAGUUAAUCGAAAAGUUCUCAAUUUUGAACAAGCUAUCAAGGAUGGCACCAUUAAAAUUAAAGACCUCACCUUGCCUGAAUUGAUAGGGAUAAUGGAUACAUGUUUUUGCUGUUUGAUAACAUGGUUAGAAGGCCAUUCCUUGGCACAGACAGUAUUUACGUGCCUUUACAUUCAUAAUCCAGACUUUAUAGAAGAUCCUGCCAUGAAAGCUUUUGCUCUGGGUAUCUUGAAAAUCUGUGACAUUGCAAGGGAAAAAGUAAAUAAAGCUGCUGUUUUUGAAGAGGAAGAUUUUCAGUCAAUGACUUAUGGAUUUAAAAUGGCCAACAGUGUGACAGAUCUUCGAGUUACAGGCAUGCUAAAAGAUGUGGAGGAUGACAUGCAAAGAAGAGUAAAGCACCAACAGUGUUUAGCAGUAUUCAGCAGAGUGAAAUUUACUCGAGUGUUAUUGACAGUGCUUAUAGCCUUCACUAAGAAAGAGACCAGUGCUGUUGCAGAAGCUCAAAAAUUGAUGGUUCAAGCAGCAGAUCUUCUUUCUGCCAUUCAUAAUUCAUUGCAUCAUGGCAUCCAGGCCCAGAAUGAUACUACAAAAGGAGAUCAUCCCAUUAUGAUGGGUUUUGAGCCUCUUGUUAACCAGAGACUACUUCCACCCACCUUCCCUCGAUACGCAAAAAUAAUAAAGAGGGAAGAAAUGGUCAACUAUUUUGCAAGAUUAAUAGAUAGAAUAAAAACAGUCUGUGAGGUGGUCAAUUUAACAAAUUUACAUUGUAUCCUGGAUUUUUUCUGUGAAUUUAGUGAACAAUCACCUUGUGUUCUUUCAAGAUCUCUAUUACAAACCACUUUCCUGGUGGAUAACAAAAAGGUCUUUGGAACCCAUCUCAUGCAAGACAUGGUGAAAGAUGCACUUCGGUCUUUUGUCAGUCCUCCGGUGCUCUCCCCAAAGUGCUGCCUAUAUAAUAAUCACCAGGCUAAGGACUGUAUUGAUUCCUUUGUUACUCACUGUGUUCGGCCAUUCUGUAGUCUUAUUCAGAUCCAUGGACAUAACAGGGCUCGACAGAGAGAUAAGCUCGGUCAUAUUCUUGAGGAAUUUGCCACCUUGCAGGAUGAGGCAGAGAAGGUUGAUGCAGCCCUUCACACUAUGCUGUUGAAACAGGAGCCCCAAAGGCAACAUUUGGCUUGUUUAGGUACCUGGGUCCUUUACCAUAACCUUCGAAUUAUGAUACAGUAUCUUCUAAGUGGCUUUGAAUUGGAACUCUACAGCAUGCACGAGUACUAUUACAUAUAUUGGUAUCUCUCUGAAUUCCUUUAUGCAUGGUUGAUGUCAACAUUAAGUCGUGCCGAUGGCUCUCAGAUGGCAGAGGAAAGGAUAAUGGAAGAGCAGCAGAAAGGCCGUAGUAGUAAAAAAACAAAAAAAAAGAAGAAAGUUCGCCCAUUGAGCCGAGAGAUCACAAUGAGCCAGGCAUAUCAGAAUAUGUGUGCUGGAAUGUUUAAAACUAUGGUAGCAUUUGACAUGGAUGGCAAAGUACGAAAACCCAAGUUUGAGCUUGAUAGUGAACAAGUUCGAUAUGAGCACAGAUUUGCUCCAUUCAACAGUGUAAUGACACCACCACCAGUGCACUAUCUGCAGUUCAAGGAAAUGUCUGACCUCAAUAAAUAUAGCCCUCCUCCUCAGUCUCCAGAACUGUAUGUGGCAGCUAGUAAGCACUUUCAGCAGGCAAAAAUGAUAUUGGAAAAUAUCCCAAACCCAGACCAUGAGGUCAAUAGAAUUUUAAAGGUUGCCAAACCCAACUUUGUGGUUGUGAAGUUAUUGGCAGGAGGACACAAAAAGGAAUCUAAGGUUCCUCCUGAAUUUGAUUUCUCUGCUCACAGAUAUUUUCCUGUUGUGAAACUUGUUUGAAAGAGAGACUGAAAAGGUGACCAAAGAGGUGGAGUCUACUUUCAGAUUCUACUCUUAGAGGAUCUAUCCAUCAGUCUUACCACAUAACAUGCAGUGAGAUGGAUUUCUUGGGUAACAGCCCAUUAUAAGGAAUACUUUUAAUUUGACAGCCUUACAUGACGUGAAUGAAAACUGCUGUUUUAAAGUGGUUUAUUAUGUUCCAUGGAUGAAACUGGUCUUAUUGAAUGCAUUGAUGAACGUUAUAUGGUUUUAUUACAGAUUUACUCAGAAAUCAUUUUUUAUGAAUGAUUGAGUGAAAAUAGUGUUUGUAAAGGUUAAUAAAUUUCUUGACAAAAAAUGUACUACUGGAGAUGAAAAACAAUAGCACUUUGUUGAUACAUGUUAAGAAUUGAAGGUGUUUAUUACUCUUAAUGUUUGAGUAGUUCAAACAAAUUAUCCAAAAGAAGUUUCAAAUUAAGGGAUUUUUUAAACACUCACAUGGGAUUUGGGCAAAAUACAUUUAAAAGGGAUUCUGGGGGGGCCUCCUAGCUACAUAGGGAGACUAAAUUACAUGGGGAUUGUGAUUUUAUGUGUCAUGGUAUCUUAAAUUAUAUACCUGUCAGAAUAUACAUUUUUUUAAAAAUCCUUUAACUGUUACAUUUGGCACUUUUAAAAGAUUACACAUCAUGUUUGCUAGUGACAUUAUUCAAAAGAUAAGACUUUAUAGAUUUGUUCACUUUUAGAGUUAGGUUUCAACACGGCAUGCUCCUUUUUCUUUACUACUUCACAGUUUAACCCAUCAGACAUUUUCAAUCAGGGUCUUUCCAGCAUCCUCUGGCUUUGAAAAUUGACUUAAAUCACCUAUACCUACAAAUGCCCAGUGCCAGUGGCUUCACCCUUCUUCCUUUGCUGCCAGUUCCUCUUCCCGUCUCUGCUCUGCUGUUCUGUGUCAAGCUGCCACGGCCUCUGGGGGCCUUUCCUUCUCCUCCACAGGAAGCAAUACUAUUAGCAGAAUGAGCUACCCUGCGCCUAACUUAAAUUGACUUUUGGCUUGGCUUAAGACUAGCACCCAUUUUAUAUUUGCUCUGUGGUUUCUGAGUUUCAAAUAUCCUAAUUCUUAUUUGACACCUUUCUUGCAAAUGUGAUUAUUGAAACUUUAUUUCUGGAAAUAUUUGCAAGCAGCUAACCUGAGCGAAUCUUGCCGGCUAUAGAGUAAGAACUUUCCUGACCCCCUCCUUCGUGGCUGUUGAAGUAAACUGGCGACACAUGUGUCAUCCAGGAACAGCCAGUAGGCAUCCUGAAAUCUCAGAAUCCAGAAGUCUUUAAAAAUAAAGUAGGCUGUACAGUAGAAACUUGAGCAAUGAAGAGAUAAAGAAUAUACCUGUUGUUAGCUAUGUGGUUAGUUUUUUGAGAAGGAAACACUUUCUGGCUGGUAAUUUCUGAACACUUCAAACAAAAAUGACAGAAAUGGUAGAAAAGAGGCAGUAGAAGAAAGAAUCAAAAGAAAAUGCACAGAGGAUAAAAAACAGCAAGAUUUGCAAACCGCCAAGAGCCUGAGGCAAGCUAGAAGAAUGCGGGUCAGGGCCACCAGGGACUGUUGGAUUAAGAGGGCACUCUGGCGUUUUUUAAAUGAUGUCUAAUUAGGUCAGUUAAUGUAAAUGAAAGUUACUGAGCAAGUGUUCUGCCUAAUUAGACAGCACCUAAGGCUGUUUUUUCAGGAGUGGGUCUUCUUAAGAGCAAAGAGUGUUCCUAAGUUUUAACUGCAGGUUUCUAAUCAGAAAAGCUGAAAGUUACAUUUUUUAGAACUUUUAAAAUAUCUGCCAUUCGAGGUGCUAAAAAAAAUGAUGGGGGAAAUAAGACCACCUCUCCCCUCACAGAUCUAACAACCUUAAGAAUGCAGAAAAGCAGACAGGUCUUUAUCCUGGGGAAAAUGCAGUAUGCUGGUGUAGAACCACCUCACAUAAAAGAUUUAUGGAGAAAGUCUCCAUCUCAUCUGGGUCCCAAAGAUUAAUAAAGAGGCAUUAUUAGCUGGUAAAGGGGUCCUAGACAGGGACACAGAUGUGCACAAGCCUGAGAUGAGAAGGUGGCAGUUUGACUAUAAAGUAUAGAGCAGGACAAGGGGCUGGAGGGAUGAGCUUGAGAAGUGAGGGGAGGCCGGUCCUCCAGAACCUGGGAAGCCAGGUGAACGAAUUUGACUGUCUGAUGUUGGUGGAUACCACUAAAAGGUUUGACUCGGGGAAACAACAGGAUCAAAUCAGAUCUGCUUGCUCAAGACUGCUGGUUCAAAAGGGGACAAGGCUGCAGGCAGGGAAGCUCCUCAGGUGAGAGGAAAUGAUGGUUGGUCUUAAUUAAGGUAGUGACAGAGGGAAUAGAGGAAAGUGAAUAGAAUCAAAAGAUAAAGGAGGUACAGGACUUGGUAAUGAUUGGGUGAGUUUGUGGGAAUCAAGGGUGAUGAUUUGUAGGUUUUAUGGCUUUGGUAACUAGAUGGAGUGGUGCCAUUUGCUUAUAUAGGCAAAACAGGAGACGAGGCUUGGGGAUAAAGAUUGUUUUAGAUGUUGAGAUGUCUUUUUUUUUUCUUUUUUGGCCGCGUGGCUUGUGAUAUUUUAGUUCCCCAACCAGGGGUUAAACCCAGGCCCCCCAGCAGUGGAAGCGUGGAGUCCUAACCACUGGACCACCAGGGAAGUCCCUGUUGAGAUGUCGUUGAAAGACAUCCUAGUGAAGACAGCAAGUAGUCUGGUGUGGAGCUGAAAGGUGCAUUCUUGGGUAGACAUGAACUGAGGACUAAGUGGCUGCAAAGAUGUAAACUAAAGCCUGGACUGGGGGUUGCAGUUGCUCAGGGAGCAUGUAGAAGGGCCUGAGAUUGGUCCCAAGGAAUAGAGUUGGGACAGCCAAGUUCUAAGAGUGGGCCAGGGAACGGGGGUGGGGGGAGCGGGUAGGUGAAACAUAAGUGAGCACCUUAAAAUCCUGCCAUGCCACCUUCUGGCAAAGUUUUUAUGUCACUAUUUUCAUAAGACUCUUGACUUUUCUAAAACAUUACCUCAGUUAUUGGUCAAAGGGCACCCUGUUCAGCAAAGUUUAAGGGAGUUCCGCUCCAGCUAUG